AUGGGGGCGCGUGGUUUACAACCUACUCGGCAAUGGGUUAUUCAGCGUGGAGUGUGGCACAUAGAUGAUUGCUUACUUUUUGUACUGCCAUGGACCCCAGAAGGCUCCUUCAAAAUUCCUGAAAUCUCCACGCUUCCGGUUUGGGCCAAUUUGAAGAACAUUCCGGAUUGUUGCUACUCAAGAUUAGGAAUAAGUCAUGUCGCUUCCGGACUUGGAGAACCGAUUCUUACUCACAAACCUCGACUUGAUCCUACUAGUAUGGGCGAGGCAAAGGUUUUAGUUGAGAUGGAGCUGGACAGAGACUUUCCAAAGCUUAUUGCCCUUGAUGAUAAGCAAGGUAACAUCUUCCUUGUUAAUGUUGAAUACACAUGGAUUCCAUCUAUGUGUGAAAGGUGUGGUAAUCUAGGACACAAAGCAAAGAGGUGUCUCUUACCUUCUUCCACUGCUCAGGUUUCUAUCUCCGCAUCAACCUCGCAAGACACUAGCUCUGAUGUUCCUAUUGUGGAUAUUGAUACUGUUAUGCAGCAAAAGGAUAAUGUUGAAUACUCUGUACCAACUAUCCAGAAAAAUGAUCUACAUGUUAGUGGAAAAACUUCUCUUCAAACUAAAGAUGAUGGUGCCCAUGAGCCUGAGAAACAUACCAUAGAGAUUGAAGGUCUCUUAUCUGAACUAGAAGCUACUCCUACCCUUCAACAGGAGAACCCGACUGCCUCGCCAAACUUUAUCCCCACUUUACCCACUUUAGUAGAUUCACAACCUACUCCCACUGCAGCAUCUAUUAUGGAGUCAUCUCCAUCAACCGUUACCAACACUGAGGUUAGUGAAACUUUAGUCGUUGGUCCUCAAGCCACAACACAUACACCCUUUGCAUUUGAGAGCCCUGCUCAGUUCAAAGGGUCAAGAGAUGUGGGAGUGGAUGAAGAUGGGACUGAGCCUUCUAGCUCGCUCAGCUUGACAAGAGGUGGGAGGGAAACAAAACCCCCUAGCAAAUACCAAGACAUGGAAUGGAAGACGGUUCGAGGGAGAGGGAAGCGUGGCCGCCGCGGUCGUGGUUCUUAUCACUAG